AUGGCUGGCGGUCUGACCAAGUACCGCCAUCUGGGUCGCCACUCGGCUCACCGGCAGGCCCUACUGCGCAACAUCGUGACCUCGCUCGUCAAGUUCGAGUCCAUCCAGUUGACGUGGCCCCAGGCCAAGGAGGCCCAGCGCCUGGCCGAGAAGCUCAUCACCCUCGCGAAGAGGGACAACGCCGAGACGAGGAGGAAAGCCCAGGCCAUUCUCUACACCCCCCACGACCUCCUCCCCAAGCUCUUCGGCACCCUGAAGGAGCGCUACGCCGACCGGCCGGGAGGGUACACGCGCAUCCUGCGCACCGAGCCCAAGGACACGUACAGCCAGGCCCCGAGCGCCAUCCUCGAGUUCGUCGACGGGCCCUCGGACAUGCGGUUCGCCAUGACGGCCGCCGCCGUGGCGCGGGACCGCGAGCUCGGCCGGGCGUCGACGCCCCUGACGAGGCGCAACGUCGACAAGGUGACGCGGUACCGCAAGGACGGCCAGGCCGACUUUGACGCCAUGGUCAGCAAGGUCUCGGGGCUCAACCUCGCCGACGAGGCCACGCAGCUCGAGGACCUGGAGCCGAGGCGGCGGACGCAGAGGGACUACGGCAUGUACAAGCCCAGGCAGGCGUACUGGGAGGUCGGGCUGAGGGCCGGGGAGAAGAAGGAUUAA